UUAUACAGUGUAUAUACGUAAACCAUACUGUACAGAUCUUAUUACUGACAGUAGAGGAUAAGUUAUUAUUAUGUUAUAGUUUUAUAUAUAAAAAAAGAAACAUUUUAUUGACAUGAACGGCGUUUAUAAAACAUUCAUAUUUGUGAUAUUUUCUCCGAUUAACCUUUUGGGCCUAUAUGUUGUUGCUACCUGUCCUGGAGGAUUAACACUGUACCAUGGCCUGUGUUUGACCUUGCCAAAUCAGACGAUGCUGAUGAGCUGGCCAAACGCAAUGGGAACUUGUCAAGACUUAGGUGGAACUCUUCUUACCAUUGACAAUGCUCAGAAACAAAAGAAUAUAGAGGAAUUCAUUGCUGAUCAUUACAAUGUUUCCAGAAUUGAUAUGGAUCUUCCACCAGUUUACGAAUACCAUUUCAUGGAUGGGCUAGAUAACUUUAUCAGGAAUGAGAAAUACAUUCAGUUUGAUUUUAAAGGCUGCAAUGAUGCAUACGUUAUCCUCUCUGAGCACCGGAACAAUUCAGUCCGGUCAUACGAGGUUCUCUUUGGGGGUUGGAAAAAUACAUUGUCUGUAAUACGAAAAUGUAGACAAUGUGCUCCAAUGACUACUACAUCCCACAGUCCGGUGUCUUGCACAGAGUUUAAACGUUUUUGGAUUAGCUGGGAAAACGGCACAAUACGGGCGGGUGAGGGACGUGAAGUGGGCGUAAAUACAUUCAUGGAGUGGUCUGAUUCAAUGUCACAUCCGGUCAACUUUUUUGGCAUUUCAUCUUGGAGAACCGCUCAGACAUCUUGGAGGUUUUUAAAAGACCCAUAUAACAGCACGUUCUGGCUAGCUGGUUCGGAUCUAAGACACCAUGCACAAUGGGAGUGGUUGCCUGAAGAGGAUUUUGUGGGAUUUACGAAUUGGCUUCCCAAUCUAGAAGAAUCCCAAAAACGUUCACAAUCCCGACACUGUAUGCAGAUGUCAUUUCAGAAUGAUUUCAAGUGGGCCGCUGACAACUGUAUGCAAAAUCGAAACUUUAUAUGCGAAAUUAGCAAACAUGAAUCAUCAACAAAAGCUCCGUUUGGCCGAGGCGUGGGUUGAUAUCGUAUAUGUGUUAAAACUUAACUAUUUUUAUACCAAAGUGAAAUUAAGAAUGUUUUGCCCAUUACUGUCGUCAGUAUGCUUUCAUAUUUCUUCAAGUAUUUGUUCACAUGAGCACACAUUGAAUUUACACAGAAGCCUGAAUUUUCUUACCAGAAUUGUUUCCGGGUAUAAUGCUACCAAGAUCCUAUUUGUUUGGCCCAAUUCCGUCUAUCCAGUUUCGGAUGUGAGUUAUUUCUAUGUCAUUAAGUCCAAUGAAUGGAAGUUGUAGAAAAUUUAGAGACAUUGUAAGAUUUUUCCUUCAUAUAUUAAAAAAACCCUACUUUAAUACAUUGUACUGUCAAAGAUAACGAUGUUAUGUUUAAUGACUGGUUAAAGGAAUUUUAAAAUAAAGCUUGCAUUGGGGUAAAAAAACAAACGAUAAAGCUUUUUCGGUCCAAUCAUAUGAAUCUUCUGCAACAUGCACUAAUGGUUUUUAGAAUAUUGUUUAGAUUUUUAUUAAGUUUAUCAAUAUUUCCAGUACUGAAUUCCAUUGCAUUUUCUAUUGUUAUCGCAUUAAAAAUAUUUUAGCCAUAUAUGUUCUCCAAAAAAAUGACCACUUUUUAAAAUCUCAUUUCAAUUUAUUUAACCAUUACAAUAAAAACGUGCAGAAACAUGUUCUAUUUAACCAAAAUGACUUGAUGAUAAGAUAUGUUUCAACAAAUGGAUUGCCAGAAUCGUUUCUCUCUAUAUGUCAGCAUUACGAAUGUAUGAUUUAGACAAAAUGUUACGUAACCUUAAUCAUACCUUCCUUAUUAAAUCAGACGUUUGAAAUGUUGAGUAAACAUAUACCUUAAAUUGAUUGGUUCUAUUUGAAGAACGUCAGCAAUUUAAACUGCCAUAUUUUUCUAGAGAAGAGUGUGUGAUCGUUUCAAAUACCUUUGCAACCAUGCACCACACAAUCAAAACACUGACUGAAAAAACGGACUGCAGGUCUGGAAAGCAAAGAUUUUAAUGAAAGGGGCUAGCUGUUAAAUAUUGUUUCCUAAAGAUUUAAAAAGAAUGUAUCCAACUACUACAGUGUCAUUUUAAAACGUUAAACAGGUUUGGUUACAUGUUGGCAUCUCCUUAUGCAUGUGCAAAAGGUAGAACUUUAUAUGGGUAUAUCAGGUAAUAAACUCAAAGAAAAUCUAAGCUGAUGCAAGCGUGUUGAAAUGUUUCCUAUUUAUUCAAACAAUACUUGUAUAUUUUAUACUUGCCGUUUCAACCACCAAUAAUAUUUGUAA